CAGACAGUCCCCAGCCAGCCAUCAUCAUCGCAUCGUCCGUCAGUCGCAGUUUGCAGUCAGAGUGAAAACUGAAAACUCGAAAACGAAAAAAUUUCAUUCGCCAGUGAGAAAAGGUGUAGCAAAAAGCUCACAUCGCGGAACGCGGAUCGAAGUGCAGCAGUUUUCGGUGAAGUGUGAAACAUCGAAAUUACCUUCAGGUAAUUCGGAAAGAAGAACGGUUUUUGGUUCACAAUCCGUUCUGUAAGUGGGUGGGGAAGAAAGCAAACUUGGCAAUUCGCUUGCCAUCGCUGGUUCUGCGGGUGGAGGCACGAGUAGCUGGAGACCUGCCUCCGUGGCCAGGUCUGGGUGAGUGGGUCGGUUCUGUGUGCGUUUUUCAGUUCAGGCCAUCUUUAUCAAGUGCGGAAGAAAAAAAAAUCUUUAGUGCGGUGACGAACGAGUGCUCCUACGGGAAAGUGGUUUCUGGAAUUUGUCUCUGCUCGAGAAAAGUUGGGCGAAAGAAAAACGUCAGAAUCCAAUAAACUGCUUCUCCAUCAGGCAUCGUCAUCAGGCUGGAGGCGGGUGGCAUCGGGUGGCGGAGGAGGGCAGGCAGCGAAAAAUGUUGACAGAAUGGCCCACCAGCAAGCAACCAGUCUAUUGAGCUCGGGGAUCUCUCGACGCAAUCCGGAGGACGAGUACGAGCUGAUCCACAAGAUUGGCUCCGGAACAUACGGCGAUGUUUACAAGGCCAAGAAACUCCAAUCCAACGAACUAGCGGCCAUCAAGGUGAUCAAGCUCGAACCGGGCGAUGACAUCCAGAUCAUCCAGCAGGAGAUCGUGAUGAUGCGCGACUGUCGCCAUCCGAACAUCAUCUCCUACUAUGGGUCCUACCUGCGGCACGACAAGCUGUGGAUCUGCAUGGAGUACUGCGGUGGUGGCAGCCUGCAGGACAUCUACCAGGUGACGGGCCCGCUGACGGAGGUGCAGAUUGCGUACAUGUGCCGGGAAACGUUGCUGGGGCUGUCCUACCUGCACUCGAUGGGUAAAAUCCAUCGGGACAUCAAGGGGGCGAAUAUCCUGCUGACGGAGAAGGGCGACGUCAAGCUGGCGGAUUUCGGCGUGUCGGCGCAAAUUACGGCGACCAUCAACAAGCGGCGAAGUUUCAUCGGAACUCCCUACUGGAUGGCACCCGAGGUGGCGGCUGUGGAACGAAAAGGUGGUUACAACCACCUCUGUGAUAUUUGGGCAUGCGGAAUUACCGCUAUAGAACUGGCUGAACUGCAGCCGCCGAUGUUCGACCUGCACCCGAUGCGGGCGCUUUUCCUAAUGUCCAAGAGCGGUUUCAAACCUCCUGCGCUCAAGGAUAAGGACCGGUGGAGCACCAACUUCCACUCGUUCCUGAAGGUGGCGCUGACGAAGAAUCCGAAGAAACGACCGACGGCCGAACGGUUGCUGCAGCAUGCUUUCUUCCAGUCGGAGAUGUCCAUCCGGUUGGCGAUGGAGCUGCUGCAAAAGUACCACAGUCCCCACCAGAGCUACUUCUACCACGAGGAAGAAGAGGGGGCUGUUGCAAUUGGACCACAAAGAAUUACGAGCAAAAUGCAUUCUCCUAGUCCCGUGUAUAUGUGUAAACCUAUUAUGGAGAAUGAUCGAUCAUCUAGUCCUGAAACUCUACCAAGUGAUAUGAGUCUAUUGCAUUAUAUAGACGAGGAGUUAAAGUUAAGGCGAACGCUUCCGCUGUCGAACAAUCCGAAUGAUUCGGGCGGCGGCGAUUGUUCCUGUACCGAGGAUAACAGUUACGACAAUAACGGAGCGCGGGACGAUUCCACGCUGAGCUACGCGGAUCUUGAUAACCUGAAUGCGCGGUUUGAGAAGCUAAACUCGCAACAGAACGGAACGAACGACGACGAUAGUCAGAGUAAGCGACGUUCGAUGGACCAGUUGACGGGACUGUUCAGCGAUCUGGAAAAGUCUUCCAGGCAGCGCAGUUUAAGCGACGGAGAUGGUGGUAAUGAGAAUGAUACCCAACCGGAUCUUCUGAACAACACCCCUCCGGUGCCGCCGAAGCGGACCCACCGCAGUCGGCGGCACACACCUCCCAGGCCCGUCUCGAACGGGCUUCCACCGACGCCAAAAGUUCACAUGGGUGCCUGCUUUUCCAAGAUCUUCAACGACUGUCCGCUGCACAUUCACUGCACGACAUCGUGGAUCCAUCCGGAGACACGGGAUCAGCAUCUGCUGAUCGGUGCCGACGAAGGCAUCUUCAACCUGAACAUGAACGAACUGCACGACGCCGCCAUCGAGCAGCUAUACCCCCGGCGGACGGUGUGGCUGUACGUGAUCAAGGACAUUCUGAUGUCGCUGUCGGGCAAAACCUCGCAGCUGUACCGGCACGACCUGCUGGCGCUACAUUCCAAGCAAACGCACCGCUUCUCGCUUCACAUGAAGAAGAUCCCGGAGAAGUUGGUACCGCGAAAGUUUGCGCUCACGACCAAGGUGCCGGACACCAAGGGUUGUACGCAGUGCUGCGUGACGCGGAAUCCUUACAACGGGUACAAAUAUUUGUGCGGUUCGUUGCCAAGCGGAAUCUUCCUGAUGCAGUGGUACGACCCGUUGAAUAAAUUCAUGCUGCUGAAACAGUGUGACUGGCCGUCCGGAAAUAUGCAGUAUUACGGGGUGAACUCGAACGUGUUCGAGAUGAUCAUCACCCCGGAGCUGGAGUAUCCGAUCGUGUGCGUGAACGUGAGGAAAGGCACGAACGACAGUCUCAAGCUGGAUUUGAUCAACACCAAUAACACUUCCAGUUGGUUUAAUUCUAAUGUGGAAGAGAUGGACGGUAUGGCCACUGUGAUCAACCGAAGGGAUACCUUGCGACCAAUAAAAGUACAUCAGAUCGAGCGAGAUGCAAUUCUAGUGUGUUACGAUAAGUUCGUACAAAUAGUCGACGUAGUAGGAUCUCCCAAACAGAGUAAAAAGUAUAUUUCUCGGCUGGAGUUUAGUUUUAAUAUCGAUAGCAUAGUUUGUCUGACCGAUAGUGUGUUGGCGUUUCACAAAAAUGGCAUGCAGGGAAGAUCGUUACGGAACGGUGAGAUUACCCAAGAGAUUACCGACAUCAGUCGGAUAUACGAGCUAAUCGGGAGCGAUAGUCGAAUUGUUAUGCUGCAGAGCCGCAUCCUGCGGCCAGCGGACUCGAUGGACGGCUCCAGUGAGGAGGGCCACGAUCUGUAUUUGGUUGCCGGUCACGAGGCCAGUUACUAGCGGGCAUGCGGCGGCAACUACAAUUAGAACAACCAGCAUCAAACAGCACGGAAACGGUACGUACGUACUACUGUAAUAUUUAGCAACUACGUAGGCAACAACCAUUUAACAAAAAAAAUUAAAGAAAAUAUUUAUAAAAAAGGACAAGCAGCAUGCAUAGCAAAAACAAAAUUUUGGAUCGAACAAUACAGAACGAACAGUAGCCUAUAUUUGGGCGGAGUACGAUUGAACAUGUACAGGUGCGGGAGCUGGCGCUUCUAAACUGUAAAAUAUGAUAUAUUAAAUAUAUCUCUUUCUUUUGCGAAAACUCAAAAUUUCACUUUCAGUAGAGAAACGAAGGUUUAAUUAUCAAGAUAAUCAUCCAUCUUCGGUUAUAUGCCAGUUUUAUAAAAUAUUAUUCUCUCUAUAAAACCGCCAUAAAACCUGAAUGGGUACUCAGGAUGGGUUUGAUUGAUUGGAUUCUGAAACUUUUGCACCUUGAGGAAACCCCCUGACGUUCUUUUAAUUGUACUCGCAAUUAAGUUAGAUUUGGGUGUUUUCUUUUUAGAACGAGCAUUAAUUUGAAUAUGUCUAUUUUUCGAGUGUUUUUAUUAAAUUGCCCUUAACUCUAAAGGAAACAAAUUGGUAAUGAAGUUUGUUAUUUCAACAUUGCAAUAAUUUGAUUUGAUACAGUCGAGUCUAACCUGUAUGUUGUUCCACACAUUUUGAUGGAUGAAUAACUUCUACGUGCUCCUCAGGUUUCAUUUUAUUUUAUAUUAGUAGACAUUCAGUCGAGAAACUUUUUGAUCGAACGUUCAUUUCACCAGUCGGUAAUUCUAAAUUAUAUUUCAUUAAAUUUAUAAGACAUUCGUUUGAGCGAUAAUUGCAGAAAAGAUCUUUGGUUGAAAUUGUCUAAAACAUCAUCCUCUUAACUUACUCAGAAUUCAUUUUCGACCCAAUGCUCAUUCGAUCAAACUUCUCGUCGGAGAAAAUGUCAUGGCUUCUGAAUCAUUUCUACUAAUAAACACGAAAUCUAAGAGAACACAGAAGAUUCUGAUCCAGUGCAAAUAUAAAAAAAAAAUUUUUCUCAAUGUAGAACCAAUUUAAUAACACAAAACUAUUAUAUAGACAAUGUCUAUUAGAUGAAAAUAGAUUUGGUAAACAUAACUGAUAAACAGCAGGACAAUUAACCAGGAGCAUAUAUUUUAUAUGAUUUAAUAUGGAAACAUUCUUUGCAGACAUACAAUUCAAAGAGUUUGUUUGGUAUAGAAGAUCCUGACAUAAAAAGCAGAUUGCAUAAUCAUACCGAAUUGAAUGUUCUCAAAAACUAGACAUAUAUAAACGUUUUUCAACCGAUCUAAGAAAACAUUUCACAUACUGUAGAAGAAGAAAACUAGUAAUAUGAGGUAUUGUUGGCAGAAACUGAUGAAAGCUAGUCGAAAAAUCUGGAAUUUAAAUAAUUUCCUGCGAAUGUAUGCAAAUUACUUUCAGAGGUAAGUAAUGAUAGGCUAAUAACAGUGUCUCUUCUGUUAGACUGGCAACGACAUUAACUAAUUGGAGGGUUUAAAUUCUGUGUAUGGAUCGUUGAAAAUUAUAGUACCCCUCCUUCUCUUAAAGUAAGCUCUUACGCGUUGAGGGCGUGACUCCUAUUAGAGAUAAUUUUCAUUGCUUUGAUCAACAGAUUUCUCGCAAGGUUUCAUCAGUUUCCAUCCCACUAUUCUGUGCGUCGCAACACAUUUGUAAAAACGAAAGAAAAACAUCCAUUGCAUUUAUUUUUUGAAGUCAAAGUUUACCACUACAACACAGUGAUACAGAAACGGGACCGGAAACUUUGCAGAACGCAUGGUUCUUUUUUCAUUCCGAACAAUCGAAAUGUGUUUUAGUCGAACGGCGCCACUUGGUAUCAUGUCGACUGGGUAUUUAGGCAGAAUGCUUCAUACCCCUUGGCCCCAUAUCAAGUGACGCUUAGAUAUUUUACCUAGCAAUUGUAGAUUAGAUUUCCCAUAUUACGAACGUCAAACCUCAACUUUGUUACACUCCAGAGAAAAGCUCUUAUCGUGAAUGUCGAUUUACAGUUCCAACAUUAGGAAAACUGCAUUCGUUUUUUCUUGCGCACGUACACACGCACAUUCACACGUACACUCUCACCAGAACCAACUAUUCCCAACCAAAAGAAAACGUUAAAAUUCCCUGUUCCAUGCAUUCAGAGCUUUAUUGUGAGCCCUAUCAUUAGUGGAUUAAGUGAGAUCGUGUAGAAAGAGAAGUCGUUUGUUGUAAUGUGUUCUAUAAAUUCCUGUUUAAAGCUACUAUAGGUUCGACACUACCGGUUUGUUUGUAGUGUCUGAUUCUCGGUUGACGAAAUAACUAAAAAACAAAGAUAAUAGAGAUUGAUAUCCAAAAUGUACCUUAAGUAGAGAAACCGAACUGAAGUUGGAUUAUAUUUUUUCUACGUACAUACUUACAUAAAUUUACGCGCAUGAAACCAUUCAUCUUUACUGUUUCAAGUUCAUUUUCCCAUCAAACCAGAAAUUAUUUCCUUUCCAUUCCUUGAAAAGUGUGAAAACGAAGUUUAUAUAGAGAGAACAAACUUUAAUUACAAAAUAACACAAAACUGAAAACUCUAGUAGAUGUCGUUAUUGCCUAUAUAUUAUGAUCUACAGUGAUGAUACAAAGUUUAAUCGAGAGAUGCAAUAAUUUUUACGAAUCAACUGAGGAACAGAAAAGCAAGAAGAUACAAAUUCCGUUUCGUAACAAAUAACCAGGAACAAAGCUAAACUAAACUGAAAUUUAAUAUUAGAAUGGUAGCAAAUUGAUGAUAAUUGAGUCAGUGAUUGAAAACAAGGAGCUAAAAAAAGAGAUGCGAAAGCGGAAUCGGACGGCAGCGAUUGACUUGUAUUUAUAUUUGGACAUAAGAUUGAAACGGACUCUAUAUAGGAGAAUAAAGAAUGUGCGAUUAUAGUAGCUAGUUAGUUUUGACGAAGGAAAGUGGAAGAUAUGUAUAAAGUGGAAGAAGCGAGAAAGAAAUAAAUUGUUUUUCUUUUUUUGAAAUCAGG